UGUUUCAUUUUAGAAAAAAUUUCUCUUGAUAACAGUAUUGCUAUUAAUAUCAGUGAAAACAGCAUUUCCUUGUGCACUAUCGAAGAAAAGUACUGAUGCUAUAUUCUACAUGGAGUUGGAUAGAAAAGAUUCAUCAUUUAUUCAAGGAAUUCUCGAACAAAGAGAAUCUCAACCAUCAUCACGGCACUUCAAUCCAUUGGGAUUUUAUUUAUUACUAACAACUAAAAUGGAUGUUGUUCAUACUGAGAUAGUCCAUCCACCAGUGUCGUCGUCAUCCAGUUCUCAAAAACGUCUUCGAGUAGAUGUUCAACAAUCAGCAGCUGCCUCAAAUAAUCCGUCGUUAAAUUAUCGAUCAACAGAAAAUGCUAAUCAGGAUCGUAGUCAACAAGUUAUAUCAAUGAAAACAGCCAUAUCUACUAUUGAUAACCCAAAACAUUCGCAAUCAAGUUCAAUAAUCGCAGAAUAUUCUGUUGAUUAUAAAAAACAUCGGGAUAAUUAUAUCAAAAAGAUUAAGAAACUAGCAGAACGAGAUAAUAGAAAAGAAUAUUUAUCGGACAUCUACAAAGUACACCGCAUCGAUAUAGCCGAAGAAGAUUUUAUCAAGUUCGAUAAAAAGAGGGAAAAUGAUCAACCACCAUAUUUUCGUGUCAUAGAACUAAAAGAACUCAUACAAAUCAUCAUUAUUCUCCAUAAUCCUGUUAACAAGGACUGCGUUGUCUGUGAACACGGAUCCAACAGUAAAUUGGCUUCCACAUUUGCAGUACUAAAUCCAUUUGCUGUAACCAGGAUUUCGUGGAAAGAAUAUUAUGAUUUGAACAUGGUGUCUUUAUUCUCUGAUGACAGCAUUAAAUAUUUGAUUAUUUGUGGAUUAGAGCCGAAAGAACAGUUCCGUUAUUACAUUGUACAUUCUUCACUGUCAAUCAAAUGCACACGUAAUCCUAGUCUAGAUGGACGAGGUAUUAGUCUUAUGGGCGGUAAUGAAAAAGCGACAUGUAUUGUUGAAGUAGAAAAAUGUCUAAUUGGAUUAGCUAGUAGAGAAUUUUUUGUAGUAUUUACAUCACAUCCCAGUGCUGCACUAUAUGAGCAGGCAUCGGACAAAAAACAUGGGAUACGAGAACAAAUUUAUUUGGCAAUCAUCAACUAUUGGUCUCUAAUAGUGAACAAAAAACGAUAUGAUGCUAAACUACCAGAGUUGAAAAUAAAAAACUAG